UUACAACACUAGACAUCUUUAAUGUGAUUUAUUUGCUAUUCUUUCAAAAGCCAACAAAACGCCACUGCACAGCUCAAAUCGGAGGAAUGUUUAUCCACUACAUAUAAAUAUAUGUAGGACUAUCGCAAUACCAUGGAGUUCUGCACAGAUUUCAGUAGCUGGGAUAGGGGCACCAUCGAGGCGUGCCGCACCUGCGGCACUUAUUUCGACAUCACCGAGGGUCUGAUUAAACCAAUAUUUCUCCCGACGGCCGGCGUAGAAGCAAAAUCUGAUGGGAUGGCUGAGAUCCUGCAGCAGCUGAGCGCAUGGAACUUAUUGGUAACAAAGGGAGACGGUCGUCCGCAGUACAUGUGCAUUUCCUGCAUUGCCGAAUUCCAGAGGCUGUUGCAAUUUAAGUGCAGCUGCCUCGAGGCCCAUGAGCAGUACGCAGAGCAUCAGCAAACUCCUGGUAUAAAGAUAAAAAAUGAACUCGAAAUUCAGGCGGAGGAGAAGUUCUGUGGCUUCAUUUAUCUCGACUCGGACGAGGAAGUGAGCGACGAAGAUGGCAGCCGACGGGUCUUCGCAGCCUUCGAUAUUCAACAUGUGCCCAUUAAGGAAGAGCACAUGGCCCGAGUGCCGACACAACAGAGUGAUAUUAAGUUUGUGCCGCCACAACCGCAGCCACUGCUUCCGCUGGUGGGUGUAAAAACCGAGGCGGAGCACGAGCUCAAGUUUAAGAGCUCUCCAAAAGAAGAAGAACUUGAUGUUGGUGGGAUUUCCAAUAAAAGUGGAAGCAAUGCCAAUAACAUUUCCUUUGAAAGUGAAAGCAAUCCCAAUGCCAUAUCGUAUGAAAUUGAAAAUGAUAAUGAUAAUGAGAGCGACGAAGAAGAAGUCCUCAAAUUCACAUACGACGAUGAUGAAGAUGCCAUGAUCAUUCCACAGCCUAUGCAAUCCACGUCUACUCUCUGUAAGAUCUGCUUCCAAGAGAUACCCAACCAGCUUUACCAGACGCAUAUGGAGCGAAUGCACCUGUCCAAGGAUUGGGAGUGUCAUCUCUGUGGCAAGAAGUUCUUGAAUUGUAAAGAGUCACGUCUGAAGUUGCACAUGAAAUGGCACAAACUUCAGCGCCGUCUGAAAUGCCCGAUCUGUGGCUUCUUUUGCAACUCAAAGGAGACCCUCAAGGAUCACAAGCGAGCUGUGCACUCGCGUACCGUCUGCCAAUAUUGUGGAAAGGUUAUGAAACCCAAUAUACUGCAGUCGCAUAUGAAGAAGCAUCUGGAUGAACGUGAAGCUGAGUUGGCCCAAAAGCUGGCAUCUGCAGAGCCUCUAGGUGCUUCUGCUUCAGACCAGAUGCUGAUGCCUGUCAAGGAUUUCGGUCCUUUUUAUUCAGGCGAAAGUAAGCUCAAAGUUGUGAACCAUCUGCGACCACCGUCUACUUCCUCUGCAGUCCAGAAACUGACACAUUUGGACCAGCCAGAGACGGCGUCUGCAGCUCAGAAACGUGCCUCAAUGCAGACUCAAGUUCCGCUUUCUCCAUUGUCUUUUAAGAAUAAUAAGGAGAUUUCAGCUACAUCUUCUCCUAUCCAGCAGCAUCGGGAAUUUCCGGUGCCCAUUUCUCCAGUUCUGCUGAAUAAUCCAGUUCAGCAGCAAAAGCUGCACUCUCCAGUCAAGCAGCAACAGAUGCUACAAUCUCCAGUCAAGCAGCAGCUGCAUUCUCCCCACCAACAGCAAAAGGAGCAGCAAAAACCUGAGGACACUCCAGUGACUUACUCUCCCGUAAUGCCAAUUUGUGUCAUCCAAUGCGCCUUCUGCAGCGAAAAGUUUAAGAAGCCCCAGCAACUGCAGGACCAUGUGCUGAGCAAACACAAGGACAUAAAUAGUCCACCAACAAAAAUCAAGCCACCGCAGAAGCUGCAGCUGCAGCCCUUACCAACAGCCAUUAACAUGGACAUGGACACCGAUCAAACCUCCUUCGAAUCGGCCUCAACUACUUCUAAUCAGGUAUCAUCCACAAUGGAUGUAAGCCAGAAUAGCAGCUCUGCCAGCUGCAAUUCCUCCAUUAACAAUUCCUACAACAAAUCCUACUGCAAGUGUCACAUAUGCGGCAAGGCAUUCGAUUUGAAAAUCAAACUUAAUCGACAUCUCAAGCAGCACAAUAAGGCUCCCUUCUAGGCUCUGUGUGCUCUCACUUUUUCUUUGUGAUUUUUUUGGUUGGUUGUUGAAAGAGCCGCACAUCCUGGAUUGAAUCCUUAGUAAAUGCAUUUUUAUUCUUAAGUCUGGGUUCGACCUUUUUUUAACUUUCAAGUGCACAAAUUGCAUUAGUUCUUUCCUUGGAAAAUUCCUUUGCCAUUCUAUCAUUUACAUAUUGUCUAAGCCAAUCUCAGUUUAAGCUAAGAAUUUAAGUGGAAAAAUGCAUUAUCCCAUAGCCGAUAAUGCCAGCUCUUCAUCAGCCACAAGAAUGAAGGACAAGGCUGACCCGAUGGCUGCCAAGUAUUCAUGCAAAUAAACUUGAAAAUCGAACCUAA